UAUAUGUCACAAUAGCUGAAUAACAUUUCCAUGCGUCAUAGAACUGUGCUUAUAAGAAGCUGCAUCACUGACGAAUCACAGUUUAGUGUGGUACUGUGCGUUGUACGAUAGCGAUCGUAGGUUCCGUCUAGUGCGUAAUAUGACUAACUGGAGCAUUGUGUUACUUGCCUUGAGUGCUGGAGUGAUUGCGAUAGAUAAUCCACCCAAUAAUCCACCGUUUCCUUUGAAGGAGGCCGAAUUACAAAUAUUAGGACGAAUUGAGCAUUUAUCACGAAUCUUCAAUGAUAAAAUAAAAGAGCAGAACGAUAAAAUGAAUCUUGAUAUCAGCAGUGUAUUACUUCUGCAAAAAGCAACGAACGACAUGGUUAAUACCACAAGCAAACUAUUGGCAGAGAUUUCGGACAAGCUACAAAACUUUUCAACGUUAGCUACACAACGGAUGAUCAAUCUAGAACACAAGCUAGAACGAGUUCCCGAAGACACGGGAGUGUACUUUAUGCAACCAGAUAUGGCCAAGAACAUCACGUUUGAAGUGUCGCGCGAUUGGACGAAUAAUCAUGGAUUCGGCGGAAACUGGAUCGUUUUCCAGCGAAGGUUCAACGGUUCGGUCGAUUUCUACCGUAAUUGGGCAGAGUAUAAGAACGGGUUUGGAGAUCUACGAGGCGAACAUUGGCUCGGAUUGGAAAAGCUAUACUCGAUCUUGAAAACCCGUCAACACGAGCUGCUUAUCGUGAUGGAAGACUUCGAUGGGGUGAUUGCUUAUGCACAUUACGAUGACUUCAAGAUCGGAGAUGAAAGUGAGAAGUACAUGAUAAAAUCAGUUGGCCAAUACACCGGGACGGCGGGUGACUCGUUUUCUCAUCACAAGGAUGAAGCAUUUUCUACCUACGAUCGGGAUCAUGAUAAACAUAACACAAACUGUGCCCAAGCGUUUGUUGGUGCAUGGUGGUUUUACAAGUGUCAUCGAAGCCAUUUGAAUGGAGAAUACUUGCGUGGAAAAAUCAAUCGCCAAGUUGGCAUUAUGUGGUACAAUUUUCGAGGGCCCAAUUACUCGCUGAAAAGCACCAAAAUGAUGGUUCGACCUGCGGCGUAGAAAUUGCAUAACAAAAGAAGAACACGUAAUUAUUUUAUUUUACAGAUUUAAAAUUUAUUUUCUUCUUGGCGUAACUCCCUAAAUGACAAGACGGAAGUAAUGGAGCUGUUUCUCCACCAUUUGUUCCAUGAUUUGCCCAAUCGUGAAGAUCUCGUGGUUAAUUUUCUGUUUUGCAAACCUCUGUGAUAGUUUCGAACUAUCUCCUCUAUGAAUGGGACGUGCCGAUCUUGUCGUAUUAGCUUACGAGCAUUAUUCAACCUUUGUAACUGCUGCAUUCCAGCUUAUAUCAGUCUUUUUGCAUGUUAACUGAGACAAUUCCAAGAUACCAAGCACAGCGCAUUAAUCGACUCAUUUUUGAGACACUUGCUCCAAUUUGUGGCAUAACAGUCUCGGUUGUUUUUGUUAAAGAUUUGUUAAUUUUGAUAAACAAUUUACCCCAUUAGUUCCCACGAUCGUCGCAUAAACGUUAUCGCCGUUGAAGACGCUGGACCCGGUGGGUUUGUCCAACAACGUCAUAUCAGCAACAAUUUGUUGCCAAUUCGUAGCCGUUCUCAGCGUUUCAUACUCGCAGUAUGUAAUAUGUUGAGUUUCCCAGCUUGUGGAGUUUCUUUUUUGUUAUCGGAAAUACGUCCAGGCUGUAGAUGUGCGGGAAUCUCUUAACGUUAACUCAUUGAAUUUAUAUAAUUGCAAAAUUUAUAUUUCAAAAACUAUUAUAAAUCAGGUUUUGCAUAUGUAUAUUUAUUCAUAAUUGAUACGAAUGGUUUCUUCUUCUUCUUGGCUUAACGACCUUACAGGUCACGCCGGCCAUUUCUGGCUUACUAGACUUAUUUUUACCACGUAGCCGGAUAGUCAGUCCUUGCUACGGGGGGACGGUCCGAAUAGGCAAUGGAUACGAAUGGUUUAUAUAGUGUAAAAUCCAAUAUUAAAAUAAUGUAUGCACAAACUUAUAGAAAUAAAAAUACAUAAAAAG